AUGGUACAGUACAAUCUCUCAUUUCUGGACGGAAAAGGCAGGGAGGAGGGGAAGAGAUUCUUUCAUUUGCGACGGGCGGUAAAGCUGUUUGGCGUGGCGAUAUACUAUACGACUUUAUACGACUUUCACGGGGCACGACACGCGACCUUGUUAUACUUUUCUGGAUGACCUACCUACUACACACACCUUUUACGACGUCAUGCACUUUCAUCUCUUUACAGCAUGUUUGAGUAUGGCGACUUUUUCUUCGUUUGCUCUUCACAGUCAUGCAUGCAAUUCUCCGUUUGCUGUUCCCAAUUAUUCAGUUUCUUCAUCCGCUGGUCAUUGCUAUGGCCGCACGCUCAGCGACAACUUGACGUCACAUUUGCAUCGUCAAUCGCUUUUCCUUCUCUUCUUCGACAAAAACAACAAAGCCAAAGGAUCUCAGCACUAUCAUCACUUGUUUCUUGGACGGAUAAAUGACCGAAGAUGGAUGCUCCCAGACAAACACGUAAUGGCUGUAGAAAUGUUGAUAGACCUUUUCUAUAUCAUACCUAUUGUAUUGUUAUUAGUCCAAGAUAAAGAUAAUGUUCUCCCUUUGGUACUAUCUCUCGGAUCCACCUUCGCUAUACUUCUACUUACACGGACCAUGAUAUUUAUUCUUCUCUUCAAUAUAUUGUCAUGUUUUCUUAAAGCCUUCACCUUGUUGUGUGGUCUUCGCUGUACCUAUUUCUGCCUCGUGCACAACUCGUUUCGUUUCCCUUUUCUCAUCGAGAGCACUAACCCCGCAUGGAACAGAGUCAUGGGCAUCGAGUAGAAAAGCAAAGAAACUGAUUAUUGAAAAUUAUAAAGAACUUAACAAGAGCGAUCAAGAGGCAGAAAGAUACAUAUGCGGAUGGUGCACAACGAAUGAGACAGAGAUGAGAGAGACUGAGAAUGUCCUGGUAUUUCCGAACGGACAAGAAGGGCCUUCAGGAUAUACCGCUCAAAGAGAGGUCGCAAAAAGGCAUUAAGGCCGAGUAUUGAUCAGCACAGGAUGGCGCAAUGCGGUGAAUUCAACGUGGCCCCUUGUUUCAUGUAUGGAACCUAACAAAAACAAAACAUGAUAUCAU